AUGAGACGAGGUAUGGCCUUGAUGCAUCGUGCUGGACGUGGUGGCCGUGGUGGCCGUCCACCGCAAUCUUCGAUACUGGGGGGCAGAUGCAAAUGUUUUCCGCCCUCGCGGUGGCUCAUGGACGAGACGUACGAGCCACCGACGAACUCGGUCAGCCACUCAAAGUAUCACUCGAAUACGUUAUGUCCCCGGAAGGGCGCCUUUAUCGUCUUCAGCGAUGGUCACCGCGAUUGUCUGGGCAAAGGGUUUGGACAGGCGGAAUUCUGUGCCGUGAUUGCGGACAUUACUGAAAGAUUGCUCGAUCGAGUUGGUACCGCCAGAGGGGUCUACACCAUCCGAGGCCGUAUGGAGCCCGAUGCGCGAAAACGCAUGGAAGGCUCUGGACGACAGAAGAAAUAUGACGAGCUUCAAAAUGUACGAGAAAGUUCCUGUGCGGUUUGUUCCUAG